GCCUCAUUUCCUGGACGUAUUACGUGCACUGCUGCUAGCUCUGUAGCUAGUGUGCUAACAAGAAAGAAGAUGGAUUCUCCCAUACUGGAACCAUCCUUGUACACCGUCAAAGCAGUUCUUAUUCUGGACAACGAUGGAGACAGGCUUUAUGCCAAGUAUUAUGACGACACAUACCCGACAGUGAAGGAGCAGAAGGCGUUUGAGAAGAACAUAUUCAACAAAACACACAGGACGGACAGUGAGAUAGCAUUACUUGAGGGCCUCACUGUUGUCUACAAGAGCAACAUCGACCUCUUCUUUUAUGUGAUUGGAAGUUCACAUGAAAAUGAGCUUAUGCUAAUGGCUGUGCUAAACUGCCUCUUCGAUUCGCUGAGUCAGAUGUUGAGAAAAAAUGUCGAGAGGAGGGCUUUGCUGGAGAAUAUGGAGGGGCUCUUCUUAGCUGUGGAUGAAAUCGUAGAUGGAGGGGUGAUCUUAGAGAGUGACCCACAGCAAGUUGUGCACCGUGUAGCUCUUAGAGGUGAUGAUGUGCCUUUGACAGAGCAGACAGUCACCCAGGUGCUUCAGUCUGCCAAAGAACAGAUCAAGUGGUCACUUCUACGAUAGAACCUGCAAAAGUCUACCAGUGAGCCGCUGUACAGCCCAAACUUAAUGGCACUGAUCCUCAUACUUCUUCUCCUCUGAUUUCCACUCCUUCAAUCAAAGCUGUGAGGAGCGCCAGUGACAGAUCCAGUCACACUCCGAGGACUACUGCUUGACAAAGAUUCAUUUUCCUUUUUUUCCUCUGUCGUUUUUCUGUGUUUGCACAGCCUUGCAUUGUAUGACAUAAUCAACACAAGGAUACGAUACGGUGUACAUUCCAUUAACGGCUGGCCUGUCCUGUUUUGUUGGUUUGUUAUUUUUUCAUCAAGGAAUCUGACUGUUUAUUCGGGUAAAGUAUCUAUCUACAGAUGUAAAACGCUGACAAGCAUCAUCAUAGCCUGCGAUAACAUUCCAUGUGUCUCCUACACAAGAAUUGUAUCCUUCAGCUCACGAUCCUGUCACCCAUAGAUUACUGUAGAAAGCAUAGAGCCACUCUUUGUGUUCUUUAUUUUACAUGGAUAUUGUGAAUAAAAAAUGAACAACAUGUACUGUAGUCAUACCACUGAUCACAGGGGUGUGCUUUACAUUAUUUUUAUCUGGGGGUUUUCCAUCAUCAAAUACAUUUAAUAAACAUUUCUUGUGACUGA